AUUUAAAAUAUUUAUGUAACUCCUUAGUGUACCUAAGGUUAAUUUUUAAGUAUAGUAUGAUAAAGUAUUGAAUGUCUCAAGUAUUGGAUAAGUAUAAAAACUAUUGGAUAUAAAAAACUUUUAGUAGAUAUACGGACAUAAUAUAUAAGUAAACAUGAUGAAUAUGAAUUAUUUGCGUCGUCACUCUGACUGGCCGUUCGUGGGUCCGCCUAUUCGUUACCAUGGUUCUCUCAACCAUAACAUUGAACAUAAUCAUGGUAUAAAUCUACUCCUUCUCAUAACUUCACUGAUCAUCAACGUGGUAGCUAGCAAGCAACGUUACCAAACUGUGAACGAAUACAAGUGUGAAAUAUUUUCAUAACAUUAAAGUUACUUGUUUUAACAAGUGACCUUAAAACUUAUAGGUUUCGUAUUUUACCAAACUGGGGCAAUGUAUGGACAAAACGGUUGUGCAGAAAAUACAUGUUGCAAAAUUAAGCCGAUAUCGAAAGUUAUUUGCCAUAGAAGUUUAUCUAAUCUUGAAUAUGAGGCUGCUUCCAAUUAUUGUAAUUACAAUUCUCGUUAUCAACCUUAAAUGCAACGCAGCUGCAGCGGCCAGAUCCAAAGGCAGUAAGAUGCCCAGUCAACCCAUAAAGCUGUACUAUCUGCCACCCUCGCCACCAUGCCGGUCGGUGAUGAUGACUGCCAGGGCCCUGGGCAUCGACCUGGAGUUGGUCCUAACUAAUAUAAUGGAGGGACAACACAAAACACCGGAAUAUUUAAAGAUGAAUCCACAACAUACGAUACCAACCAUGGAUGACAGCGGUUUUAUUUUAUGGGAAAGUCGCGCUAUCAUGGCAUACUUGGUAAAUGCUUACGGGCGAAAUGAUUCCUUGUACCCGAAGAAUCCACGGCAGCGGGCGUUGGUGGACCAGAGGCUCAACUUCGAUCUUGGCACACUAUAUAAACGCUAUAUGGAUCUCUAUGCUCCGAUGAUAUUCCAAGGCGGAGAAUACAACGACGAGGCAGCUGAGAAAUUAAACGAAGCUCUAGACUGGAUGAAUAGUUUGCUGGAGGGGAGGGUGUUCCUUGCUGGAGAUAACUUGACCAUUGCUGAUAUCUCCAUCGUCGUCAUUUUUAGUAAUUUAGAGGCAUUUGGAUUCGACUACAGUGCACACGAGAACGUUGCAAAAUGGUACGAAAGAACGAAAAAAUCGUUAGAGCCGUUCGGGUACGAGGAAAUCGACCAAGCUGGUGCGCAGAUGCUCGCCUCAUUCAUGAAGAAGGAUUAAAACCACUUUUAUAUUUAUUCAGAUACAAGUUAGCCCUUGACUGCAGACUAACCUGGUGGUAAGUGAUGAUGCAGUCUAAGAUGGAAGCGGGCUAACCUGGUAGGGGUAUGGCAGUGUUCAUUAAACCCAUACUCCUGCACCACGAUUCACUCGCAUUGUUUGUUUUACCACUUAAGUUCAGUAUGCAAUAAAACUCAACCAUA